AAAAUAUUUUUUAAAGCUAAUUUUUGCUCGAUUAGAAUAGAGAAUAUAUUCUCUAUAAAUCUAGUUAAAUAAUCAAAUAUUUCCCACGUCCGUGCAAAGUGAAAAGAAAAAUGGCACAGAAAUAUAUCCCUGGGUUGACUGCAAGACCAGCAGACAAUCCAGUAGCAACAAAUGCUGCGCCAAAAGAUGUGCCACAAGAACUUAUUGAUGCAUUUACAAGUGGUGAAAAGCAGCCAAUUAGUGCAUUGACUGAAUUUUGUGCCAUGCAGAGAUUGACUAUUUCUUUUAAAGAAGUACCUGUUAAAAACUACUCACUAGUUGACAAGUUUGCAAUGGAAUGUACAGUUGAUGGCAUUAGUUACCCACAAGGGAAAGGAAAGACCAAAAAGGAAGCAAAAACAGAUUCAGCUAAAAAGGCGUUUAAAAUAAUACUUGAGAUAGAGACAUUUGAGGAUCAUGGUGAAGAGUCUCCAUAUGGUGCUCCAGGGAGUUCUGAAACAGCAGUGUUGUAUAGUCGUACUUCAGAGCCAUCAAAACCAAGUCAAGCCUACAAGGCAGGCGAUCAAACUGGGGAAUAUGAACCUCCUCCUCAGAAGAUUAGUCCCGAAAAAAUAUUCCAGGAUUAUUGUAAAAUGAUGAGGAAGCCUGGCUCUGUUGAUGUUCCUGAUGCUCUUGGUCCAUUCGGAUUUACAGCUAAAGUGAUAAUUGGUGGGAGGGUUAUCAGCGAGAGUGUAGGUAAAACAAAGCGUGAAGCCCGACAGUCUGCUUUACUGGAGGCUAUAGAAACCCUGGAAAUGUCUCAACAGUUGUACAACAAGAAGGAUACUCUAGAGGAUGAAAUGGCGAAAGCAUGCUACAAGAAACUGGAGGAACUGAUCUCAAAGUGUCGUGAUUGUCCAGAUAUAGUCACAGCUAAACACUCAUUUGCUGCCUUUAUUGUAAAAAGAGGAGUGAAUGAUAAAGGAGAAAUUGUUGCGUUUGGGACGGGCAAUACAUGUUUAUCGUGUGAUAACAUCACAACUGAUGGCCGAUCUGUGAUUGACAGUUAUGCUGUAGCCAUAGCUAGAAGAUCUCUUUUAAAGUACUUCCACAAAGAGAUAAAGAGUUAUUUUGAUGGAGCACAGGUAUUAUCAAUAUUUGAGGAUAGUGAUACACCAGGUAUGCUACAGUUAAAACAACAUAUUACGCUACAUCUGUACCUGAGCCAGCCACCACCAGGUGACUACAGAGAGUGCCUUGAUAUUAAAUGUGAUCCAUUGACACCUGAACAAGAGGAUAUGGUGGAGGAUGGUUCCCAUUUCCCAGCAUUCAAUGAUGAUUUACCAGGCUGGUUCUCGGUUAAAAAUGAAGAUGGUCUGGUGGAAUGUGUAGAAGAGGACCAAGCGGCUGUACAGGACCUUGAUAACUUACAGGAGGGAGCUGAUGAUCUUCUUGUUAUGUCGUGUAGUGAUAAACUCUUACAGUGGAAUGUACUUGGUGUACAGGGGGCGCUUUUUAGCGUCUUUAUGAAGCCUGUCUAUAUUGAUUCCAUUGUUCUAGGAAGAGAAUAUCACCACGGGCAUUUGUCACGUGCCGUGUGCUGCCGUCUGUACGACAUUUUGAACAAAUAUCUACCUGAACCUUACAUUAUACAUCACCCAUUCCUGACCACUACAAACCUUCAUAUAGAAGAGAAGGAUGGUGCACACACAAAAUACAGUAUGAAUUGGUGCCAAGGAGAUGAUACCCCAGAAAUUACAGAUGGUUAUUCUGGGAAAACUAUUGACGGAUCACCAUUUAGGAGCACAAAGAAUCAAGGACCAUGUGCAAGCAGACUUUGUAAGGCAGCUUUCCUGUUCCGAUUCCGAGACAUUGGAAAAGUUCUGAAGAAUAGAGACAUGUGUUUGGCCCCCACUUAUAUACAGGCUAAAUCUAUGGCAAGUGAUUACCUGGAGGUUAAACAAAAAUUUCGACUUUUUACCCACAAAAUUGGUCUUGGUCACUGGAUUCAAAUGCCUAAAGAGAUCAGUUUGUUCGAUAAGUGAAAUUUUGAAAAAAAGAAGAUAUUCUAGUCCAAUGAUAUUAGGACAGUAAGAUUUUGAUGGAGAAAAUAUUAUAUUUUGUUGAUACCCAUUUGUAUGGGAUCUGAAUUUGUUGCAAUAAGAAAGUUUGAAAAACAUUGAUAGAGUUUACUAUCAUUUGUGCUAUAUUUCUCAUUUUGUUUCUUCUUUUUUUAAGAACAUACAUGUACACUAUUUUUGGAAUAGGGGCACUAUGCCUUUUCAUUCUAUUAUUGACAUAAGUUCAAAACUGUUUAAGUUUUGCUUGCAAUUUUAUUUCUUAUAAACUGUUUAAAAAAGUAAAAACUUAACAUUUCACACAUCUUCAUGGUUAAAAUAUUUGACAACUUAACAAGACCUUGAACUAUAGCAUAUUUUUGUACUGAGUUAUUCCCCUUUUUGUAUGAAUUGUUUCUAGUAUGAAAACAAUCAGUGUGUUAUUAUGUAACUGGUUAAUUGGCUAAAAUGUAAAAAUUUAUGUCAAACUUCAGCUUCUAAUUGACUGACUUAUAUCUUUAAUUUGAAAACAACGAAGUGUAAAGAUUUAUGUCACAGUCAGUCAUGAAUUCAUAUAUAUUAUUAUUCGUGUUUGAAGUUAACCUCCAGUAGAGCAUUAAUAUUUUUCAUCGCAAAAUCAUAUUUUAUAAGCAAAAAAGAUAUAUGAUAUUAUCAGCAUUAAGUUCUUUUUCAUUAUCUGUAGCUGGAGAUGCACCAAUAUAGAUAUUUUCCCCCACUCACCAUUCUUCAUUUAUAUUAUAGAAUUGCCCUGCUUUGGAUAUUGAACUAUCUGUUGUAAAUGUGAGAGGUUUUCAUGCAUAAGUUAACAAUUUUAGAUCUAGCAAUUAUAAUGUGUAUGACUGGUCUAUGCCAUGAGGAUAGAGCUCUACAAGUUUGUAUAGUUAAAGGUAUUACUAGGUUUCAAACCUUUGGGUGCUUUGGUUUUAUUAUUAGCUCAGCUUUAAGGAGAGCUGUUGUACUCAUCUAGGCUUCAAUGUCAGCAUCACUUAGGUAUUUCCAAAACUACUGAAGGGAAUGGAUUGGAACUUCACACACUGAUUUGAAAGCAUAACAGGAGCUUACUUUCCAAGACCAAUAACUCUAACAGAUUUUGAUAGAAAAAUGUGCCUUUUUACUCAAACAUUGAGAAUAGUCAUGCACGCUGUCCUACUGACAGACUGACAGCUCUUGUUAAUGUAAUGCAAUCUCGCAGACUGGUAAAGGACAGGUCUUGAUUCAAAGCAGGACAAUUUGGUAAGGGAAAGGGUUAACCAGUUUUAUCACAUGUCAACUGUACUUACAUCCUUUAAAUUCAGUCUAGAGGAAAGUUUAGAAUCAGACUAUGAGAAACUGAAGUCUUUAACAACCUAACUUGAUACAGUUGUGUAAAGUAAUUAUCCUUGAUGCUUUUAUUAUUUUGUUAGUACAUCUGACCAGUGAGUGGUGAUCUUCUGUGACAAUCUUAUAUCCUUACUCUUGUAUUAUUUUUGCACAAUAUAAGUUUCGUUCCAGAUUUGAUUUAAAGCAAAAUUAUAUAUUGUUCAGAAAUUGGUUAUUUUCUGUGCAAUAGCAAUAUGAUUUUCUUUUUGAUUUGAUUUCUAACAAAUGUUUACCAGGAGAUACAGGUCUCUUUGUUGAACCAGCCAUUGUCCACAACAUGUGCUAAACUAAUGUCCAUGCAGGGGAGCAAGUUAGUGCUAUGAUGGCAUUCUCGUUAAAAUUUUUAAACUGUUUAUACUUUUUGUCUUUAUUCAUUACUACAAUCAUGUUUAGUUUUUUUAUUUCAUUUAUAAAUUGUUAACAAUAGUUCAUCAGAUCAGUUUCAGUAAAAAAAUUAAAAUGAA